AUGUUUCUUCCUCCAGUUCACAGCGAAUCUAGCAUUCCUGCCUUGCGGCAGCUCAUCAGAGAUUUUCCACUAGGUGUCUUGACCACUGCCAUUCCAUCGGAUACGCAUCCUCUGAUCCAAGUUAGCCACAUCCCAUUUCUCUUGGAUAUCAACGAUGAGUCUAGCGAGACCGAGCUUGGCACCUUAAAAGGGCACAUGGCUCGCCAGAACCCCCAAAGCAGGACCUUGACAGACGCUGUAGCUCUUGGGGCACCGGCCAACGGCAAUGCCCUGGAGCAAGAAGUCUUGGUUUUGUUUACCUCUCCCCAUCACCAUUAUGUACCACCAGUUUUCUACGUCGAAACAAAGCCUACAACUGCAAAAGUAGCGCCUACCUGGAACUAUGCCACUGCACAGGUCUACGGCAAGGCCAAGAUAUACCACGAUUCUAAAUCCAAGGAUACUAUCGAGUUUCUCUCUCGGCAGCUCGACGACCUGUCAAAGCACAGCGAAGAGUCAAUCAUGGGCUACACCGGCAAAGAUGGCCGACCCGAGCCGUGGGAGGUAUCCGAGGCACCGGAGCGAUGGCUUGAGUUGUUGAAGAAAAACAUCAUUGGCAUUGAAAUAACAAUUACCCGCUUGGAGGGCAAGUUCAAGAUGAGUCAAGAAAUGCGAAAGGGUGAUAGAGAUGGGGUUAUUCAGGGUUUUGAGAAGUUGGGGUCAGAGACAGGGAUGGCGAUUGCUCGUAUGGUUCGGGAGCGCGGUGAGCAGAAAGAUGCUGCGAAAAUGGUAUUUGAAUGA